GGAAGACGUGUGUUCGCUGUAAAUGCCAACGACAGAGAGGAGGCACUGAGAGCUGAAAGCCCGCAUUAAAGACAAGAUGGCAGGACUGCCCCGCAGGAUCAUAAAGGAAACUCAGCGUUUGCUUGCAGAGCCUGUCCCAGGCAUCAAGGCAGAGCCAGAUGAAGGCAACGCCCGCUACUUUCAUGUGGUCAUUGCUGGACCUCAGGACUCACCUUUUGAGGGGGGCACAUUUAAACUUGAACUCUUUUUACCAGAAGAAUAUCCCAUGGCAGCUCCUAAAGUACGCUUCAUGACCAAAAUAUAUCAUCCCAAUGUAGACAAGCUGGGAAGAAUAUGUCUAGACAUUUUGAAAGAUAAAUGGUCACCAGCUCUGCAGAUUCGUACAGUGCUGCUCUCAAUCCAGGCAUUACUAAGUGCACCCAACCCUGAUGAUCCUCUAGCAAAUGACGUUGCAGAGAAGUGGAAGUCCAGUGAAGCUGAAGCCAUUGAAACAGCCAAGACAUGGACCAGGCUUUAUGCCGGAAACAAAAAUGAAGUGUGAACACAACUCCUCAUGUUCUGCCAAGACCUCUUCCAACUUCAUUUGCAUUUAAAGGACACCGUUUAUAUAUAUAUAUAUAUAUAUAUAUAUAUAUAUAUAUAUAUAUAUAUAUAUAUAUGUUGACAUAAACAUGAAUAGAUUGUAAAGGAAAAAAACAACUGCUGACAAUUGGUGAUUUAAAUGCACACUAGUAAUGAAAUUACUCGUUGUUGUCCUAACUCACUACUGUUCAAAUGCAUGGGCAGAGAUUUUACAUCUACUCACCUGGCUUUUUUUGUCCAUUGAUUUUGAGAGGCUUCUUUUGCCAAUUGUUGCUUACAAGCAUGUUUGAGGGGGGAAGAGGGGGUCAUACG